AUGACUUCCUGUGAUAAAGGCAUGGAGGACACGAGCAAUCGGCCGCGAAUCACAAGAAAACAUUCAGGCUGCAAGCCUUGUCGACGGCGAGGCAAAAAGUGCGAUGAAUCAAGACCGCGUUGCCGAGCUUGCGCCCGGCUAUCCUUGGAAUGUAUCUAUGGCAUUGACUACAGCUUCCAUCACAUCACUCCGACGAACUUGCAACGACAGCCGACCGCUCUGGCAGUGGGAUCCCGGUCAGCUCCUCUUACCCCAAGAAUCGCCAGAGCUCUGGACUGUGGGGAUAAUCUUGAGACGUGCUACAUAAGCCACUUCCAGAGGCAUGUGCGACAUCUCCUCCCCGCUUCCCCUUUUCCAUCUGCAGACACAACAUUCCACUCCCCAUACCUCCGAGCUGCGGCCUUGUGCAUCUCCGCAUCCAAUCUCUCGAUGUUGGACGCACAAGUACAGAGCCGUAUCCUCGUGGGAAGCCAUCGUCAGUCCUGGUUCAGUCCACUGGUCAAUAAAUUGCAUCACGCCAAAGCACGGGACUAUCAUGAUCGCGCAUUACAACUCUGCCGCAUGGCGGACAUGAAAGAGCUCUUGGAUGACGCCCCUGCUGUUCUUGUAACACAAAUUCUUCUGGCAUACUACCAUCACGCGUCGACCAACCACCAACGCUUUCGGUCGGCGGUGUGGGAUACUGUUGAAUUUAUCUCUCGGAAUAGGGAGUACAUCAUGCGGUCCCGGGGGGGUAUGGAGGCCCUGCAAAUGUGGCAUCGCUUAUGUGUUUCUCAUCGUCUGUCUAAACCACCAUCACUGCUUCUGGAGGGAGAGGGCAGAAGUUCGUUCAGUCCAAGUUGUUUUCCAGACGCCACGGACCAAUUAUAUCUUGGCACCGUUUUGGGGAUGAGCAUGGAUGACCUGAUCUACGACAUUCUUAUCAAAUCUAUGGAGAUCCGCUCGCGACUACUAGUGUUCCGCUGUGUUGCCUACCAUUACCGGAUUCCCGAGUCAUCAAGAGAGGUUGGUGGUCUCGCGCACGGUCUCCUGACCCAAAUGUUAGGCAGACCCUUUGUCCUCGAGGAGCUUUCCGAGGCCCAGAAAGGCUUUGUGCGUGGCUCGCACCUACUGGGGCUGUUGCAGGUGCAAAAGGAACGGUUAUCUGUGUGGAAAUCUCUCCGGCACACGGAACGAUCGCCUGUCAGUCGCCAGGCAGACAACCAUCGUGAUAUUGUGUCUCCAGAAUGGAGCCUUGCAACUCAUCGAUAUGCGAUGAAUACCCUGUAUGAGAUACUUUGCGAGAUGAUCUUUGAGGAAGCCUACGCAGUGUAUGCACCUGAUUUUGCGUUGGAGCAGCACUCUGCCGCGACUGCGCUUCCUCGUCUGGCACAGAACUUUUGCCACAUUGUGAGCACCUUAGAUUUUUCUGCAGUAGGUACGGCCGAUGUCUACACCUUUAGUCUGACCGAAACUUUCCUCCAAUUGGUCGUUCUCUGGCGGUCCGAUAGCUUGUUUCACUUUAUUCUGGACGUUGCGUGGCCGAACAUUGAGAGGAAGACUCGAGGCUUCGAGCACUCGCACUAUCCCACUCACCUCGCGAAGCGGAUCAUCUCUCUGGUGGCGGACUAUUGGUCCCGGGGGCAAACUGUGACCCUCGUGAUGCCCGCCGUGCCAGAGGAUAUCCCGAAAGUGAGACUCCUCGACCUCAACCAUCCAAUGGAGAUGGUGAUAUGCGGACAUGAUCCGGAUCACACUGCGUGGAUGAACAAGAUUCUUCUCCCUUGA